AUGUCGACUUGGCCAAUGGAACAAUCAAAUCGGAGAAGAACUGCAUUAAUGACUGUUUUUGGGUGGACCGAUGGCUACACUAACGUAAGUGCUGCACUGGAUCAAAGCCAUGCAUCGCUUUCUGGCGUGAAUCAAGGUACGGGAACCCCUGAAAAUUGUUUGAGCGCUUCCAGGAUAUAUGGCACAUCUCAAACAAUCAAUGAUGUGCCAUGCGACGAUACUAGAAGUCAAUGGGGAGUUGUUUGUGGAUAUCAGUUAAUUUGA